AUGAGGAUCGUUGCUUCAGUCACACUCGCUUCUCUCCUGGCCUUAGCCCAGGCCCAUCCCGAGGGCGCAUGGUGGGGCACAGAUGAUUGCUAUACCAGCCCGGACAACACUAAUAAUGACUGCUCUGAUGAGAUGCGGGGUGGAUUCAACUGGGCUGGCCUUACCGUUGGUUCAUUCUCGGCCUUUUCUGGCUUCGCAUUCUCCGGGUUCUCUUUCAGCAGUAGCUUCAGUGGUUCUAUCAGCGGCGGAUUUGCCGGUCAAUGUAUUGAGUCAAAGCUCUCCAAGGACGGCGAGACGUCUCCGGAGAUCUCCUCGGGCAGCGAUAAGACCUUCUCCAUCAGCAAACUUCAUCUGGUGACCGCCGCUGAGGCUGAUAUCAAGAUCAUCUAUGACAUGCCGGAUGGUUCUUCCUGCAAGCAUGUGGCUCCCUGCUCUCCGAAGGGGAAUGUUAUCGCCAACGACCAGUGCGGCGGCGCCAGCUCCGUCAGAUUUGAACUAGCUGAGGAGGCUGCCGUGGAAGAAGUAGUCUUGGGCAUCCAGAACAUCGAAUUCGAUUGUUCCCCUGGCCAGAAGACCCCGACCCCCUCUCACCACCACACGAGUCCAACAGAGACUGGACAUUCGUCUACUCCACUGAUUCCGGUGCCGUCGUCGUCUGGUGCAGUCACAGCCACACCCCCUGCUCCUAGCACUCCUGUCAGCAUGACUACCUCGACCGUGUACACCACCAGCCUGGUCACUAUCACCAGUUGUGCUCCGACAGUAACCAACUGUCCCGGAGAUUCGACCACGGUGGUUACCUCCACCAUUGCUAUCUCGACCACGGUCUGCCCGGUCACCCCCACCGUGACCCCUGUGAAGCCUACUGGAAGCUCUCCUGUUGGCGGCACCUCCAAGGGUUCCUCUCCAAGCAGCCCCGCUCCCACAGGCACUGCUGGUACUUCCACGGGAGUGCUUCCCACCAGCCGAGGUGGAUCUUCUUCGGUCCCUGAAGGGUCUACAACUACCGUGGUGACAUGGGAAACUGUGACCACAUGCCCGGUGACCACCACCGCUACUUCUGGCGGUGUCACCACCACCUCGGUCUACAGCACUGUGUCCACGGUCACUCUUACAUCAACAGCUACCGUCUGCAACAAGUGCACUGCUACACCCCCUACUGGCACUCCGACCGGUACUCCUAUCGUCACUCCUACUGGUACCUCUCCUAACCCGACUGAUGUUUCCCCUGAAGAGCCUCCCGAGGAGUCGGCCACGACCGUUGUUACCUAUACGACCGUGACAGACUGCCCAGUAACCACGACUGCUACCGCUGGUGGCUCCACGACUACGUCCGUCUACACGACCCAGUCCACCGUUACGCUGACUUCGACCUCCACUGUGUGCACCAAGUGCUCGGCCACCCCAACCCCUACCGGUGUCUCCCCUAUUACUACCCCAGCCCAGGGUGCAACGACUGUUGUUACAUACGAGACUGUGACCACCUGCCCUGUAACUACUACCAUCACUUCUGGUGGCUCUACAACCACGUCCGUCUUCACUACCGUCUCGACCUUGACCAAGACAUCAAGCGCUAUCGUGAAGCCGGUUCCUACAUCUUCUGUUCCCGCCGCUCCGGCUCCUUCUUCCCCCGCUCCAUCCGCUUCGUGCCCCAACUCGGUGCCUAAGUGUAUCAACACCUGGCUCCCUCUUCUGCCCAAGUGUAAAUCAAACGCGGAGCCCGGGUGCUUCUGCCCCAACCCCGAGUUCACGGACAAAGUCAUUAGCUGCAUUCAGGCGUGGGGUGCAUCCAAAGAGGAGAUUCAGGCCGCGUUGUCUUACUUCACUGGUAUCUGUGCUGCGUGGGUUCCUGGAAACCCCGGCAUUGUCACUGGUGUUCCGAGCACAAUCACCCUGAUCCCCGCUCCCGCCCCAACGGGCGUUGCCCCUGUAGGCAGCAGCGGCACCAGCGCCCCGCCGAAGCCCACUGCUGCUCCAGCGGUUCCUGCCACGACCAUCACCUACUCAACUUACACAGUGACCGUGCCCCAGGUUACCUUUACCACCGGCACCUCCGGCCACUCAACCACUGUCGGCUUGAUUCCAGGCCCUGCCCCAACGGGUGUAUCCCCAGGUCACUCGUCAGGCAUUCCGAACCCCUGGGUCUCAGCGUCGUCAACCUGGGUGUCCAGCCAGCGUCCUAGCUCCACGGCCAAGGCGUCGCCCACUCAGACCCCUCCUCCCCUUUCUAACAGUGCUUCCACGGGAUCCGUGUUUACCAGCUUCUGGCUGGCCGUGGGAGUCGCCGCUCUCUUCAGCGUGUUCUUCUGA